AUGAAAAGGAGAGAUCAUGAAAACGAAUAUGUUUAUGAUUCAGACGAUAAAAAGUAUCUAAAUAGUUUAUCAAACUUGGAAAGAGAGAAAGAAUUGUCUAGAAGAGCUGAGAGAAGACAGAAAGCAUUAGAAAUGGAAAAGCUCAAGAAACUUAAUGCAGAAAAUCACAUUCCAGAAUCAGAAAAAGAAGCUCCAACAGGACCAAAAUAUCAAUGUAUUGUACCUAAAAAGGAAUUUGUGUUGAAGAGAUCAGAUUUAAUUGAACAUGCAUUCAUUCCAAGUUUCCAUCUAAUUAAAGGAGCUUAUGUGAAACUGAGAGUAGGAGAUGUUUAUGACAUCUGUAAGAUUGUCAAAAUUGGGACCAUUAAGAAGUAUAAAGUUGAAAUUAAUGAGAGGAUGCGUUUUAUUGAUAGAGCUUUGAAUCUUGAAGGAGAAAAAUUCUAUAAAGAUGUUCCCCUAAUCAAUUUGUCAGAAAGGCCUACCUCUAGUCAAGAGUUUGAGGAUUUUGUUUGCAAGAAUAAAGUAUCUCAGGAGAAGUUCAAUCAGAUUGAAAAGAAAUACACAUUAAUUAAGAGAGAAUUUGAUAGAUCACCAACAGAAGCUGAGAUUACACAGACAAUUAAGAAUAGAGAGAAGUUGAAUCCAAGAAAAAAGACUAAUACAGAGAUUAAGAUAGAGAUUGUUAGAAAUAGAGAGGCUGCUUAUGCUAGAAAAGACAUAAAACAAGCACAAAUGUAUCAAUUGAAAUUAGAAGAGAUUGAAGACAAAGAAGCAUAUGAUAGAAUUGUAGAUGUUUUUCCAGCAGACCAGGUAGAAAAAAGAUGGGAGGAGAGACAGAGUUAUAUGAAGGGAAUAACCUUUAAAGAUGAUAGUAUUAGGAUUAAAAGAGCUAUGACUUCAUUUUGUAAUAAAAAUUCUGUUAAAGAAAAAGAAGAAAAAGAGGAAGAGAAACCAAAAUUAAAAUCCUUACCAGCUAGAGUUAAAAAUAGUUCUAUUAAACGUCCUUAUAAGAAGCACUAUACAGCUCAAGAAAUUGAAAAGGAAAUUGAUGAAUUAGUUAGUAAAAUUGAUGAUUUGAAGAAGAAAAAAGUUUAG